AUGACCUCCACAAUUCAAAACAUCACCAACGCCAUCCCCUCCCUCGGGCGGGCGCGGGUAUUGAUCAAGUCGGCCGACGAUGUUGUCAUCGUCUCGGCGGCGAGGACGGCUGUGACCAAGGCCAAGAAGGGCGGUUUCAAGGACGCGCUCCCUGAAGACCUUCUCUCUGCCGUCUUCAAGGAGGUCUUGAAGCGCGGAAAGGUCGACCCGUCCAAGCUUGAGGACGUUGUCGUCGGAAACGUCCUUCCCCCAGGCGGAGGUGCCACUAUCGCCCGUAUGGCUCAGCUCCACGCCGGUAUCCCCUACACCGUCGCCAUCAACACUGUGAACCGCCAGUGUUCCUCCGGUCUCACCGCCAUCGCCCAAAUAGCCAACCAGAUCAAGGCCGGCGAGAUUGAUAUCGGUCUCGCUGCGGGUGUCGAGCACAUGACGGCUCACUAUGGUGCGGGCGUCAUGCCCAAGAAGAUCUCGGACGACGUGCUCGCCAACCCUGAAUCGUCCGACUGCCUCAUUCCCAUGGGUCUCACCUCGGAGAACGUCGCCAACCAGUACAAGAUCUCUCGGGACGUCCAGGACGCGUUCGCGGCCAACUCGUUCUCCAAGGCGGCGGAGGCACAGGCGGCUGGCAAGUUCAAAGAGGAGAUUGUUCCCGUCAAGGUCCGCUGGACUGACCCCAAGACCGAGGAGGAGAAGGAGAUUAUCGUCGACGCGGACGAUGGAAUCCGACCUGGCGUCACCAAGGAGUCACUCUCCAAGCUCAAGCCCGCCUUCUCCAAGGACGGCUUUACGCACGCCGGGAACGCCUCGCAAGUAUCGGACGGUGCCGCCGGUGUCAUCCUCGCCCGCCGGAGCGUCGCCCAAAAGCUCGGCCUCCCCAUCCUCGGCAAAUUUGUCAUUUCCGCCGUCGUCGGUGUCCCGCCAAAGGUCAUGGGUGUGGGACCAGCCUUUGCCAUCCCCAAAGCCCUCUCCAAAGCCGGUCUCUCCAAGGACGACGUCGACUUUUACGAAAUCAACGAAGCCUUCGCCUCCCAGGCCGUCAUGUCCAUCCAGCACCUCCACCUCAACCCCGACAUUGUCAACCCCGUCGGAGGCGCUAUCGCCAUGGGCCACCCCCUUGGCUGUACCGGUGUCCGCCAGGUCUGCACCGCGCUCAGCGAGGCCAAGCGCGAGAAGAAGAAGAUCUUUGUCACGAGUAUGUGUAUUGGGAGUGGGAUGGGAAUGGCGGGUGUCUUUGUCAAUGAGCAGUAG